AUGAGCGACACAACAAUUCGUUUACUGUGGACAGAUUCAGUUGAUUUUCGUGAUGUGCGUGAUUUAACUGAACAAAGCGAGUAUUUGACACUUCGUAAACAGCUCGGUGUCGAUCAUGUGUCACUAGAUACGUUAUCUCGUUAUCAUGUCAGAGGCCAUAUGGAUUCUUUUGAUAGGCCUGCAUUGCUAUAUCCGAGAUAUCGAGGACCAUCAAGUCGAGCACGAAUUCCCGCUGGUUUAAAAGUAAUCCGCAAAUUCGGCGAUCGGCUUGAAAAAGAGAAUUACCCGCAGCCUGAUGACAAUGGAAAACCUCUGUUUUCUGGUAUUUUCGGUUUUAAUUUGGUAACAGCUUCUGAUCGUCGUGUUAUUAUAACGACAAAUGAAAGAGAUGCAUUAGCAGUAUUUGAAGCUACAAAUGGAUUACUUUCGCUUGCUUUACCUAUGGGCGAGCGUUUAGAUACAAGCAUCUUGCCUUAUUUCGAAGAUUUUGAUACAAUUUAUAUUUGGUUUCCAUAUAUCCAUGAUCACUACGCCAAGGAUUAUGCAGCAUAUCUGAAUGCCAACCGAUGUUUUAUUGUCAAUCGCAAAGAACGACCAAUCGAAUUGCUGCGAAAUGAAUUAAGACGUGAAGUGAAUAAAGCAAUUCGUGAAGAAGCAGUAUUAUUGAGAAGUAAAGGUUUUCGUUCGAUGAUUGAUGUUCGAAGCGAUUUGAAAUCGGAAAUUAUUAAUAGUCGGAGCAAAUUAUUCGGCUUAGCACAAUGGAAGCGUUUCGAUGUACUAAAUAAAUAUAUGAUUGGCUUUCGGCCAUCUGAAAUGACUGUUUUGACCGGUGGUACGGGAUAUGGUAAAACAACAUUUUUAUGCGAAUAUUCACUCGAUCUUCUUUCACAGGGAGUCCGUACAUUAUUCUGCAGUUUUGAGAUGCCAGAUGAGAAAAUAUUGAAAUGGAUGCUAGUACAAUAUGCGGCAGUGCCAUUGUAUCGCGUUGAACAUCAUCCAUCAGUUGAAAUGUGGUUGGAUAGAUUCGAGAGAACGAAAGGUGAUUUGGUUAUUAUGAAAAUCGAUGAAUUUCGUGAUAAGAAUAUCACUCAGAUAUCUAAUGCAAUAAGGAGUCAAGUGAUAGCCAGUGGUAUACAGCAUCUUGUUAUUGAUAACUUACAAUUUCUAAUUGGAUUAGCAACUAUGAACGUUGAGAAAACCAAUGCUUUAGAAAAGUAUAAUCAACAAGAUCGGUUUGUCGGCUUACUUCGUGGUAUUGCAACUGAUUAUGGACCUCAUGUUACUAUUGUUGUUCAUCCUCGCAAAACAGAUUCAGAUACUGAUUUGGAUAUCCAACAUUUUGGUGGUUCAGCACGUGUAACACAAGAAGCUGACAAUGUUUUCGCUAUUCAGCGCCGUCGUGAUGAAGAUCGUAAAUACCGAAAAUUUUUAUAUAUUUUGAAAAACCGAUAUGGUCAAAAGAAGGUAGAAAGUGAUCUUAUCGAAAUGGUUUUCCAACCGUCGACCUAUACUCAUACUUUGAUCGAUUUAUCCCUUACAGGCGCCGGUCCAUCUAAAUGA